AUGGCAACUAAUCAACAGUCUCACCACCAGUCGACGAUCAUCGAUUUCUUCGAUCCGGCCGUAGAAGGACCGCUUCCUGCUAGCCAGGCCACACUUUCCAAAGUUGUUGGCUGGUCCGACGAGAAGCUCGAAUACGUACACAAUUUCAUCCAGUGGCUGUUUCCUCUCCCCGAAUCGUCCGCCUUCAGCUCAAGCGCCGAGACACUGACCAAGGCGGACUACGACGCCUUCCAUUCCCGCCCUGAACUCCAAGCACGUCUACGGGACGGAUUGCGGCGUAUGUGCGGUUUUUACGGGCUCGACUUGCUGGACCUGCCCAAUGAGGAAGGUAUGUUGGUGGUCAAAGGGAAAGCCUUUGACCGCAAGGCUAAGUAUACUUGGCUUUGCCGCAACAAUCACAACCAUAACCGCAUAAGCAGAGCGCUGUCUUUUGCGCUAGCGCUUUUUGAAGCCGACACUAAAGCAAUUGUGAAUGAUACAGCUCGAGCUUACUGGUGCCGUGCGGCUCUUUGGCCGCUUGAAGAAGCUCCUGAUGGCAAGAACCGCUGCACCUGGCUGGCUAAUGUGAGUGAUGGAGCGACGAACGAUGCGAUGAAGACCAAGCUACAGCAGCAAAGCAACGGGGCCGGAGCUACUUGAGUAAUACCGAGAACCUGCUGAAUAAAACAUUGCCGUCGGCGCUUGAGUGUAGUGCAGAUUAGCGGAAAUACAUGCCCCCUUGGAGAGCGUGCGCUGCAAACAGAGCGUUAUAGCAGGUGCAGUGGUGUCCGGCACAGCAGAUCUCGCUCGUUGCAGGCCGUUACUACAGCAGACAGGUGAUGGAUCUUGACCCAUCGUUGCAGGCCGUCACUAUAGCAGACCGGUGACGGAUCUUGACCCAUCGACGCUCGAGACGGCUUUGUGUUGUGUCUGCCGAAUGUGUGCCACGGGAAG